CAAGCAUAUCUCUUCAUACUUUCUUCUAUAUAUUGACAAGGCCUGUACGCUCACUACAUGUCAAAUUGUCUAUGAGAUAUACAUAGAUCAUAAGAAAAGAGAUGGCGUUGCAAAAUUCUGAGCUAUCUAGAGAUCAGUUGCUUCAUUCUCAAGCUCACAUAUGGAAUCAUCUAUUCGGCUUUAUACACUCCAUGUCACUUAAAUGUGCAAUUCAGCUUGAAAUACCUGAUAUCAUCGAUCGCCAUGGUUCACCAAUGUUGCUUUCCGAGUUAGUCGAAGCCCUCGGCAUAAACCAGGAGAGAACUCCAUUUGUCUAUCGGCUUAUGCGCAUCCUUGUUCACUCUGGUUUCUUUGUUAAACAAAGUGUGUCAUGCAAUGAUGAGGAGGGAGAAGGCUAUUUGCUAGCUCCUCCUUCUCGGUUGCUUCUUAAGGAUGAGCCAUUAAGCGUUAGGCCCUUUUUGCUACUCGUGUUGGAUCCAAUCAUAGUAGACCCAUGGCAACACAUGAGCACGUGGUUCCAAAAUGAUGAUGUCACCCCCUUUCACACAACCCAUGGGAUGAUGUUUUGGGAUCUGGCAGGCCAAGAGCCGAAGCUUAAUCAGUUAUUCAAUGAAGCGAUGUCUAGUAGUUCAAGGCUUGAUACAAGUAUUAUUCUCAAACAUUGUGGAGGUGUUUUUGAGGGGAUAGAAUCCAUUAUCGAUGUUGGCGGUGGUACUGGGACUUUAGCCGUAGCUAUUGCCAAAGCAUUUCCCAAUAUUAGGUGCAUCAGCUUUGAUCUUCCUCAUGUAGUUAAUGGUUUGGUUGGAAGUGAAAACGUGAGUUAUGUUGGUGGAGACAUGUUUGAAGCCAUUCCUAAAGCUGGUGCAGUUUUGCUCAAGAGUAUCUUACACGAUUGGGGUGAUGAAGAAUGCAUAAAGAUACUAAAGCGAUGCAAAGAAGCGAUUCCAAGCAAAGACAAUGGAGGAAAGUUAAUCAUCAUAGACAUGGUCGUGAAGGUCAGCAAAGAAGAGAAUGAAUUACUUAAGACUCAACUGUUGUUUGAUAUGCUUAUGAUGAGUUUAGUGACCGGGAGAGAGAGGAGCGAAAAAGAUUGGGCAAAGCUUUUCCUUGACACAGGCUACACAGAUUACAAAAUAACACCGAUAUUUGGGUUUACAUAUGUUAUCGAAGUUUAUCCCUAAGUAAGUUUAAUUUCUUCUUCGCAUGUUCUUGAUAAUCUGUGGUUCCUUAUCAACUUCGUUGUUCUUCAUCGUGCUUAGUAGUAUUAAAUUGUCGACAAUAAUUGAGGGUAUGUGAUUUAUGCUUGUGCACAAGGCCUCAAAAUUUUAAAUAAAUAUGAAAGAGCUUGGUGGCCGGUUUAGAGUUUCUUGUCAAUGUCAUUUGGUAAUGAAUUUUCUUUCCAAACAUUUAGAUAGCUUUAUUUCUUGAUUUAAUGACAAAUUUCCAAACGGUAUGAUAAUUGACAAUGUUAGGCUACACGGUAUGGGGUCGGCCCCGGCCCGUCGCGGGUCGGUGACGGUCCAAACACCGUGCCGCCCCCAUCCGUCCCCGUCCUCUCCGUCCCAUUCUAGCCGUUUGCGACGUACCGAGAUGGUGGGCCCCCUUGUGAUUAUGACCGCUAAAAAUAAAAAAAAUAAAAAAAGAAAAUUUUUAAAAUUUGAAUAAUUACAAACGGCUAUAUUAAUAAAAUAUAUAAAUAUUACUUCCAUUUUCACUAUCAAACACCAAAUUAACCUCAACAAUUCACCUCUUUCUCAUAUAAUUUUUACACUCCUUCCACUAUUCUCUCAACCUUCUUCCACAUAAUUUUCAUGGAUCCGUUCAACAACCCGGAGAACCCGAACACUUCGAACAACCCGAAUACUCCCAACAAUCCGACCAAACCAAAUGUUUUUUCGGUUCCGGGAUAUUAUCCAACGCUAGAACCGAACCAAUUCUCCCAAUAUUCAUCGAACGCGUUUGCUUCAUUCCAACAAUCGCCAAACCAAUUCACUCAAAUCUCCCAAAAUCAAGCUCUUCAACAAAUGAUGAUGCGGGGUGCUUGGAACUUCCCACCCGUUCAACCUCAACCGAUCCCCACACAUCCCGUUCAACGUCAACCGAUCCCCACACCCCCCCCGUUCAACCUCAACCGAUCUCGACCCAAUCCGAACCCGAAGACGAUGUGGAGAUUGUGCCUGAAACCCAACCGCCUAAAGGGAAAGGAAAACGAAACAAAGGCAAACAAGUAGUGGGUGAUCAAACGUCGAAACCGAAGGCGAUUAAGUGGACCCCAAUCGAAGAAGAAGCCUUAGCCAAGGCUUUCAUUGGCACUUCCGACAACCCGGUAAAAGGUAAUAACCAACCGGGUGACGGGUUUUGGUCCAAGGUAUUGGCCAAGUUUCUCGCCAUGAUGGACCAAGGCCCGUAUAGAGAUAUCGACUUGGUUUCCUCGAAGUGGCGAAAAUUGAACUCGGCCAUUAAUCGGUUUUGCGAGGAGUAUAACAAAUUAUAUACAAGUGACCGUCGUAGCGGGUGGAACGACGAGGAUGUGUUCAAAAUGGCAUUGGAAAAGUAUAAGCAAAAUAAUCAUGGUUCCAACUUUCCUCACGUUCGCGCGUGGAUGGUUGUAAAAGACGACCCAAAAUGGGCGCCCAUUCCUAACGAGGUGGCGAUGGCGAAACGUCAAAAAACAUCGGAAACGGGUAGUUUAAGCGCCGGUGGAUCGGACGCGAGGUGUCACAUUAACUUAAAUGAUGACGCCGACUAUGAGGAAGACGAGUAUAACGUACGUGAACCCGAGCGUCCACCGGGCCGAGACAAAACAAAGAAGGAGCGGGCCAAGGGAAAAGAAAAGGAAAAGGUGGACCCGAACAUGGUUGAGUUUAUGGAACACCUAAAAGUGUACAACGACAUCUCGGCCCAAAAGACGAAGACGAAGGAGCGGGCCAUAGAAGAAAAAAGUCGUGCAUCGGACGAAAAGUUAAAAGAGAAGGUCCGAUUGUCGAAUGAGAAAAUCCGAAUCUCCGAUGAAAAAAUUCGGCUUAAGGAACGGGAAAUAAUGAUGAUGAAUGUCGAGGACGAACCCGAGCCGAAACGUUCGAUGUUGAAAAAAUUACAACACGACAUCAUGAGAAAACAUCAAAUUAUUUAACUUUAUGUUUAUUAUUAAGUCUUUUUUUUAAGUUGAUGUAUUUUUUUUUAAUAUUUAUGUAAUGUGGAUUUAAUAUUAAUGAAAAUAUUUUAUUAGUAUAUUUGUUAAAUGUUAAAAAAAAAUAGAAUACUAAAAAAAUUAAAAAAAACAUAAAAAGUGGUGGAGGACUAUGACUAGGAUCAUCCUACCAUGCCUUCUAGUUUUGGAGGAUAGACCAUCUUAGAGAGGAAUGUAACAUGGCGCCUACGUGGCGGAUCAUCCUCCAAAGAUGGUCCAUCACGAUACCAUGUAGUCUUAUUAAAAAAUCAGAUAGCUUUAUUUCUUGAUUUAAUACUUGAGGCAGUACUAUAUCUCACCAGUGAGCGUCGGACUCUAAAUAUUAUUUUUCCAAGUUGGGUCAUAAUAAAAAAAUAAGAUCAAAUCUAAAAUACAGAAAUUUGUCAAUACGUAUCGCAUUUCCUUGGUGAGAGUGUAUUUCUUUUAUUGAUCUUUUUCCUUGGUUAACAAUAACAAUAACAAUAAUAAUAAUAAUAAUAAUAAUAAUAAUAAUAAUAAUAACAAUAAUUGUUGUUAGUGAUAAGACCAUGCGCAGUGGUUUGAUAAAUAAUGCCUUCACCUUUGGGCGUUUUCUGUCAUGUGACAGUCCAGUUAGCAAAGGGGUAUUAUUGGACGUUUUUACAAAAGGGGCGUAGUGGAAUAAUGUCCAAUAACGUCUCAUCCAAUCAUUACACAAUUAUUAUUUUUUUUAAAUUAAAAACUUAAAAUACUU